UGCGGACGGCGAGGGUCCACUUCCGGCGCCAGGAUCGCCGUCGCCGCCGCCUCGCAAUGGCGGCGCUCGGCCGGCAGGUCUUCGACUGGCACCGCCUGGUCCCCCUCACCUGGGCCCGCAUUGCUAGGCAGACCCCUCGCGGAGGACAGAAAAGGACGUCUGCAUCUUUGUUGUGUAAACUGACCACAGCCUCCAAUGGAGGGGGCCUCGAGAAGUUAUCCCGUGUGGAAUCCAGAAAGUACAUGCAGGAACCAGAGUGCAGGACGAGUCUCACUCGGUGCCCCCAGGGGAAGCAGAGGACUCCUGUGGCUCCAGGGUUCCUGGAGCAAGAGAAGGUCAUCAGUUCUCUUCUGGACAUGGGUUUCAGUGAUGUCCACAUUAACGAAUUGCUCCGUCUGUGGCCAAGUACGCACCCUCAACAGUUGUUGGACAUCAUUUCAGAAUUAAUACUCUUGGGUUUGAACCCAGAGCCUGUGUACGUGGCCUUGAAGAAAAGUCCUCAGUUGUUGAAACUGCCUGUAAUGCACGUGAGGAAGCGCUCCAGUUACCUGCGAAAGCUCGGUCUUGGAGAAGGGAAACUAAAGACGGUGCUUCUCUGUUGCCCUCAAAUCCUCACCAUGCAUCAGAGGGACAUUGACAGCAUUGUUGGUGUUCUCAAGGAGAAAUGUCUUUUCACGGUACAACAGGUGACCAGGAUUUUGCACAGAUGCCCCUAUGUUCUUCAGGAGGACCCCGGUGAACUGGAAUACAAAUUCCAGAGACCGUGGAAGAAUCCUGUCAGGCAGCAGCUCCCACCUGGAGUGAUCUUGACCCCAGGAAACAUCCAGCAACAUAUGAGGACAUUUUUGGUUCUUAGGACCGAGGGAGGGCACUGUGGGGAUCCAGCUGCUGGAGGCUGGGCUGCCGUGAGCCAUCCUGCGGUGCACAGGAUGGCCUCAAGCAGAAUAAUGCAGCCUGAAUUGUUACCAGUGCGGAGGCUGAGGAACUGCCCGAAGGCUUCGGUUCACGAGAACGAGAACGUCAGGUUGGAAGCAGGCCUACAUUGGUUAUGUUUCUUUUAUUUAAAAGGAAGUAAAUAGCUGAGUUUUUAAGUUCCUUUCCCGUGUGCACUGAAGUGCUGCUGGUAGCUUUGAGCUGUGUUUGCUGUGGGGACUCAGCACUGAGGUGCAGAUGCUUUUGUUUCCUCUGGGCUCAUGUUUGAGCAUGACAGUAAAGAGAAAGACAUUUUCUGCAAAAUAAAAGUAGCUCAGUGAAUUCCUGUGCAUCGGAGUGAGAUGUCCAGCGGGAGGAGUCCCGGCUGAGGGAGGUGCCCGUUGGAUUUGCUGGUGGGAGAGCGGUGGGGUUGGCGCAGGUCUCCUCCUCCGCCUCUGUGUCAGCCCACAUGCAAUGGGAAGGAAGGCUUUGUCUAUACUGGUUUUUUGGCUGUGGGCAAAAUUAUUGAAAACGAAGGCAUUUCACUCUUUCAUUUACUCUUCCAUUUUGCGUCCCAGGUGACUGGCACUUUCCCUGGAACUUCAGAUGGGUUCUUGGGUCCAGUCGGGGGGACUAAGGAGAAUUAUAAAUUUGCAUGAUUAGAAUGGCUAACUUGGCAACUCAUGAUUGCUCCUUUCAUUUCGCUACAGAAAUAAAUUUUUAUGCACCUGAGAA